AUGUCAGGUACUAUCGACUUCCACGGGCAAAGCUCGAAAGGGAACAAGAAAGGUGAAAACGAGCACAGAAAAGGCACGUGCACCAAAAACUGCGAUUUUGGGGCCAUGAAGUACAUGAAACGCGUGUGGCGUAAAGUGAUGGGGGCCAUUGCCCCGAUGGCGACCACGGACCCCACCAAUGCCCCCAAGCCUCGCCAUCGCCAUCAUAAUAAUGCUAAUCUAAAUAAGGAGAAAGCUAAGACGAGUGUUACACCCGUUGAUUCUCAAAGGGCCGAGGCCAUACACGACUGCAUCGACUUCAUAAAUUCUUCGUCAUCCUUGCCUAGAUCCAACUCCGUUGCUCGUUAG